AUGAUAACCUUCAACAUUGUGAAGACAACGGAAACUUCUGAAAAACCCAACUUGUCUGGAACCCCUGGUAGUUGUGUGUGUGCUAUUGGGCCCGGCCUCGUCCAACUCCGCCUGGCCUCGUCCAACUCCGCCUGGCCUCGUCCAACUCCGCCUGGCCUCGUCCGACUCUGCCCGGCCUCGUCCGACUCCGCCUGGCCUCGUCCAACUCCGCCUGGCCUCGUCCGACUCUGCCCGGCCUCGUCCAACUCCGCCUGGCCUCGUCCGACUCUGCCCGGCCUCGUCCGACUCCGCCUGGCCUCGUCCGACUCUGCCCGGCCUCGUCCAACUCCGCCUGGCCUCGUCCGACUCUGCCCGGCCUCGUCCGACUCCGCCCGGCCUCGCUCAACCCUGCCCGGCCUCGUCCGGCUUCGUCUAACUUCGCCCGGCCUCGUCCAACUCCGCCCGGCCUCGCCCGGCCUCGCCCGGCCUCGCCCGGCCUCGCCCGACCUGGCCCGACCCCUGGGAGCAGAGGGAGCGGGGGCCCGGGCCACUGGGAGCCGCCACCAGGGCGGGCAGGGCCGCGUGUGGACGCCACUCCUCACCACUCACCCGGUCAGUGCUCCGGAACACCACGAGGGCACCAUGGAACACCACGAGGGCACCAUGGAACACCGCAGGUUAGUGCUCCGGAACACCACGAGGGCACCAUGGAACACCGCAGAGACAAGACGGGCGAAAGAAAUCGUGAUUAACGGUAGAGCGGACAUGACGUCAUCACAAUGGCGCGCUGACACAGCCUGCACACGUAAGAUAAUUCCAGAGCAAAUGGCGUGCGAGAGCGAAGGAGGCUCGAGUAUGUUCUGCUACCACUGUCCACCCAGCCUCCACCCCGGCUCCUCCCCACGGAUACCCACGCUGGAGUUCCCGUACUCUCCCGCACACCCAUACUCCAGCUACAGCUACCACCCGGACCUCCACGACGAGACCUUCGUCAGGAGGAAGCAGAGGCGGAACAGGACGACCUUCACUCUCCAGCAGUUAGAGGAGUUGGAGAACGCCUUCACACAGACCCACUACCCUGACGUCUUCACCCGCGAGGAGCUGGCUAUGAAGAUUAACUUGACGGAGGCUAGAGUCCAGGUGUGGUUCCAGAACCGGCGGGCCAAGUGGAGGAAGAGUGAGAGGCUCAAGGAGGACCAGAGGAAACGAGAAGUAGUCGAUGGUGACCCCAACUCCAGCACCCAGACACAGGGAGAAGCCUCCGAGGAUGCAGAAGCCACAAUCAGCAGCAACCUGGAGGUGGCUUCCCCAGCCUCCCCUCGCUCACCCCACUCCUCACGCCCACACACGCCCACUCUCACCCACGACGACUACCCCGCCCACUCUCCCCUCGGUCACCCCUCAUCGCCCGGGCCAGCCACGCCCCCGCUGGAGGCCGACCAAUCACCAUCACCUCUGGGCUUUGACCACGCCCACUACGAUGAGAGGUCAGAGGCCAGCGACCUCGUGGGUGAGGGGCGUGACCUCUUAAGCGAGGGGCGUGGCCUAGCAAGCGAGGGGCGUGCCCUAGGGGUUGAUAAGGACGCCAGGGAUGUCGAGCAGGGGCGGGAGACAUCGCCGACGCCGCCAAGAAAGGCGUCGGUGUCACCCAGGUCGGACGAACGCCGCACUGAGGGGCCGCCCUCUUCCCCUGGUCCCGCCCCUCUCGGUGACGUCACAUCCACGUCACACCUCUCUCCACCACUCAUACGCCCGCCAGUCUCCUUAAGCAGCGCGGUGGGCGGGGCGAUGGGAGGUACAAGUUUCACGCCGCAUUUGUUUCCCUCGCUCAUAGACAGUCGCUUCCGGCCCCUGAUGGAGCGCUCUCCUGGACUCUUCUUCCCGCCCCACCUGCCCAGUCCCCUAGCCUCUCACCUCUUCCCUCACCUUAAGGGGUUCCCGGGUUUGUGUUCGUGCUGCCCCAUCAAGCCGCCCACCUUCAGUCCGCUAUCUUCCCUCGGGUCCACCUCGCUGACGAAUCCGUUAUCCUCGCUGACCAAUCAGACACCUUCCCUCGCCUCGCUGGCCAGUCAGACCCCGUCGUCGCUCGCCUCGCUAGCCAAUCAGUCGCCGCUAGCUUCCCUGACCAGCGACCCGCGAAGUUCAAGUGUGGCGGAGCUUCGACGCAAGGCUCAGGAGCACUCGGCUGCUGUGCUUCAGAGCCUCCAUGCAGCGUCCCUUCACAACCUGCAGCAGUCUCUGCAGCACCAAUCCUCAGCACUCAAUAUCGAGAACCUUCUGAAGAAUGAUUCCCCGGUGCCGGCGGAUAGAGAGAACUCGCAGUAGUGGCUGUAGGUCUGGGUGUUCCUUCUCGGUGGUGAGGCAGCGUCUCCCAAGGUGUCUGAGCCUGCGGGUUGGACUGUACUCAAGCCGUAUUGAUGCGUUGGUAAGCACGUCCAACUGAUGCGUUGGUAAGCACGUCCAACUGAUGCGUUGGUAAGCACGUCCAACUGGUGCGUUGGUAAGCACGUCCAACUGAUGCGUUGGUAAGCACGUCCGAGUGUGUCAAUAUAACAUAAAAUGUUAUAUACAGGACUUGAUACAUCUGAGAUGUAAAUUCAUUUGUAAUAAUUUUUGUCAGGAAUGUAUGAAAGUCUCAAGUUCAGAAUAUUUUAAAAUGUUAUCAGCAGCAGAUACUGUCUGAGGGCUCUGCUGGGAGUGUCUGAGGGCUCUCCUGGCACUGUCUGAGGGCUCUGCUGGCACUGUCUGAGGGCUCUGCUGGCACUGCCUGAGGGCUCUGCUGGGACUGUCUGAGGGCUCUGCUGGCACUGUCUGAGGGCUCUGCUGGCACUGUCUGAGGGCUCUGCUGGCACUGUCUGAGGGCUCUGCUGGCACUGUCUGAGGGCUCUGCUGGCACUGUCUGAGGGCUCUGCUGGCACUGUCUGAGGGCUCUGCUGGCACUGUCUGAGGGCUCUGCUGGCACUGUCUGAGGGCUCUGCUGGGAGUGUCUGAGGGCUCUGCUGGGAGUGUCUGAGGGCUCUGCUGGGAGUGUCUGAGGGCUCUGCUGGCACUGUCUGAGGGCUCUGUUGGGAGUGUCUGAGGGCUCUGCUGGGAGUGUCUGAGGGCUCUGCUGGGAGUGUCUGAGGGCUCUGCUGGCACUGUCUGAGA